AUGGCGCCUGCCUCCAAUAUCCGGCCCCCCAUUCCUCAGCAUGAACUUGUGGAUGAGGAGAUCUGUCCAGAAUACGAUCCCAGGCUCAUUUAUCCAGCUAGCCCCGGAGACAUUCUUGCUAGUCAUUAUCAAUUAUUGGUCAAGAUUGGUUGGGGAACUCGGUCGACAGUUUGGCUAGCUCGAGACAUUACGAGAUUUCAGUGGCAGUCAGAACGAACGGUCGCGUUGAAAAUAAUAAACUCCCACCAUGAUCGCGAAGCGUACCAUGAGAGGGACAUCGAGGAACACAUUGCGCGACAAAAUCCAUCUCACCGCGGCCAUUUGAUUUUACGAUGUUGCCUUGAGAGUUUCGAUGUGAAGGGUAUUAACGGGAACCACCUGUGCUUGGUCUAUGAACCGAUGCGAGAACCUCUCUGGGUUCUUCAACGCCGUUUCGUUGACCAGAGGCUUCCUUUGCCGAUCGCAAAGGCAUAUAUCUUUUUCCUCCUGGUUGGCCUUGACCACCUCCACUCGGACUGCGCAGUGGUUCAUACAGGCAAGUAA